AUAUCAUGGUUGCCCCUAACCAGUCUCAUCGCGGAACGUCUUUGUGGAUGAAUACGUGUGCCAGCAUGAAUCGACCCCCUGUCUCUUCUGGCGGUGGACCAGCACGCGGCGCCUUGUGUCGCCAGCGUGAGCUCGGCGCUGAUGCCCAUGUCCUGCCGCCUGAGGGCUCGUGUUUCGACGACAGGUCAAUGUCAAGUACCGAGUUCCUCCCUCUAUCCAAACGCGACUCUGAGAACUGCGAAGAGUCCCACGUCGUUCCCCGUCUACGCCACAGCCCUGCCGGCCCACCAGCCAACGGCACCUCCCCCAACACAGACACAGACACACAGCUCCUUCACCAAGUGGUUAAACACCCCCGCCGACUCCCCCAUCCCUCAAUAUGGCCCCUCCCCAACGACACCCUGCACUUCCCCACCCUAGCCGCCAAAUCACUCGACCUACAAACCCGCGAAAUGUUCAACGCAAGCCUCUGCAGCGUCCUCAUCCCCGAAACCUACGCGGCCUUCUCCAAGCGCCUCGACCAAGACAUCGUCGCCUUUGUCCGCGACGACCAGCGCGCGCAGUGCCCGCCCAUCCAGUGGGCGGUCCGGUGCUACGCAAGCUGGCACCUCGCAACGCUGCACUCGGACGCCGACCUCCUCGCGCAGAGUCGAUACAUCUACGGGAUUCUGAUUCGGUAUCUGCAGUCCGCACUCGGGGAUCCACGACGGUCCACGUCGCAGACUACACUCACCGUCGCUGUGCUCAUGGGCAUCUACGAGGUCUUUGACGGGAGUAGUCCCGACGCGUGGCUCGUGCAUAUCCGUGGUGCGAAGGAGAUCCUCAAGAGGCGUGGGGCCGCGGCGCACUCUAGUGGGUUUGCGAGGACGAUUGUGUUUUCGUGUCGGGCGUUCUUUAUUGUCGAGGCCUUGAUUAGUUGCGAGGAGUGUUUUUUGGCCGAGCAAGAAUGGGCAAGCGUUAAUGCGAGGGCGUUUGAGAGGGAGGAUCGGCAGGGACGAGGGUGUAGGCUUGUGACUUUGAUGGAUCGGACGUAUCGCGAGGUUGUCCGGGUGCCGGGGCUGGUGGCGCGGACGAAGGCGGUUCUUGGAACGGACACAAACAAGGGAGGUGAGGGUCUGAUGGCGGGUGGGAAGGUGGGUGACGAUGCAGGUGCGGCAAUGGCGUCAAGGGAGGAGUUGAGGAUCCAGAUCCAGCGCAGUCAGACGACGCUACGGAGGCUGGGGCGGGGUCUAUCAAGUCUUUCACCAGAGGAAACAAUGCCGAAAGAUCAGCAUGGGGAAUAUAUCGUUGAUUCGAGGUUUGUCUCCCCAAUCAUUCGACAUAACCUUUAUGCGGCUUCUGCUGUUGAGGAGUCGCUCGGUCGAUUAUCUGCCAUGCUGGCCGAUUCCAAGGAGCCAGAUCCCACCUUCAAGGAGCCAAGACUGGUCGAGAUACCCUCAGAGUCUCAGACUCUUACCUCCGAUAUUAUGUCACCAUCUCUCGCCUCGCGUGGCAGCACUGGUCUAGAUUUUCUCUUCCUGUCACUGGGGGUCAGGGCGUUAUAAUAGCAUAAUAUCUCCUCCGCAUAACAGACAUAUAUACAUGUGCUUGUACCCCACUGGGCCUUGCGUAUAUCCCUUAUCGUCCGUGUUUCUAAAGCCC